UCGGGAUUCAAACGCGUGCAUCUGUCGGCCCACCGCGCCAACCUUGACGGCGAACUCCUUGACCCGGGACAUGAGGCUCACCUGAGCAGCAUCACCUUUUCUUUACCCACGCUGCGACGUACUCUCAAGUCCCUCAGACACCAAAAGUCGCAUGAAGUAGCAACAAUGGCAAGAAAGCGCAAACAGAAGACCGAGUCAAACGGUAUUGAGCUGAAGGAGCCUGACUGGUCCGGCCCGACAGAGAAGACGCUGCUGCAGCUCGCCGAGGAGAAGGGACUCUUUGGUCAGGCGGAGACGAGGGAAGCUGAGAUUGAGAAGAAGGCUGUCCCGGCUACGAUUCCCAGAACGACCGAGGAUGUAGAGGACGACGACGCCAAGUUACCACCCACCGUGGAACGUGUGCUCGAGACGUUUCUCUGGACCGUGAGCUUGUCUAUGCUGCACUUCACCCUCGACGUUCUCGUGCACAAUCAGUACUCGGUCGAUCGGAUAGUGUGGCCCAGGAUCUGGAUGAGGUUUGGCCAAGCUCUGUUGGUCUUCGGCCUCCUCAUUUACGUCCUCCAUCCGCACGCCGCAAACCCUGGAUUGGUUCCAGGUCUGGGCCCCCGAUAUCAGUCCGCUGUCCGCCAAGUCAUAUUCUUCACCAUGAGCGUUCUUGCCGGCUGCUACGUGAUCCACAUCACGAACACUUUCGGGUACAUGGCUGUCAUGAAGCAGGCUCCACCGGUUGGCUGCCUGUGGGUGUGGUCCGUCAUUGAGCUUGAGCUUCCAUGGGCCGUGCUCAGCCUCGCCGGAGCCGGAAUGUUCCUCUGGCAGAAUGGAUACACCAUUAAAUAAAUCUGAGCUUUGGUCGGGGGAGCGAAGCGCGGCACGUCAGAGCAACGUCAAACCCUGGGGGACAUUUGACCUCACCAGGAAAACGCGUAACAUGCGGCUCAGGACGGACGACCCUUCUUCCAUAAUGACUCGG